GUGAUCAGCGAGACGAGGGACGAUCCGCCGGAGAGUUUGGACACGUGACAUCCCGCAGCCUAUGGCGGGCGGCCUCGAAGAACGGAGGCCGAAGAGGAAGAACGCGCAUGUGCGGGAGCUGGCGAGCGCCCUCGUGUCUUCAAGGUGCAGAAAGAAAAAAGGAGCGCGGCGCGCGUGUGUCGUCGAACGGUCACGUGGCGAACGUCGCAGGAGUGUGCGCGCGCCGCCCGGCAACAGGAGGGCGGGGGCGGCGGCAGGAGGCUCCGAGGUCACGUGGCGUUGGAGCGUCGCCCGCCGCCCGCUCCCCUCCCCCUCAAGAGGGGAGGGAGGGACGGAGAGCAAAGAUGGCGGCGGCGAGUUAGAAAGCGGCGGACGGAGCGGCGGCAGAGGAGACCGAGUGAGGCGGGCGUCGUCGCGAGCGCCCGAGAGGAGGCCCCAAAAUGGUGGAGCCGGGACAGGAUUUGUUGCUUGCUGCUUUGAGUGAGAGUGGAAUCAGUCCAAAUGAUCUGUUUGACAUCGAUUCUACGGACGUGGGUCUUGCGACUCCAGCUGCUCAGCAGUCAGUACCACUUAAUGCAUUAGAACUGGGUUUGGAGACUGAAGCAGCAGUUGCUGUUAAAGCAGAACCACAGACCCCUUCUUCAACUGUAUUGAACAUCAGGCAACCGCCAUCUACCACAACUUUUGUAUUGAAUCAGAUAAAUCAGCUCCCAACUUUGGGGACAACUAUAGUGAUGUCGAAAACCACACCCGUUACAACUAACAGGCAGACGAUCACUGUAGCAAAAAUUAUACAGACCAGCACCACUACCCGCCCCUCAGUCGCAGCGCCAGCAGUACGCAAUGCUUUGACCUCUGCAGCUUCCAAGGACCAGAUCCAGCUGAAAGACCUGCUGAAAAAUAAUAGUCUUAAUGAACUGAUGAAGCUGAAGCCACCUCCUAACAUUGCUCAGCCAGUUGCAACAGCCGCAAAAAUAAUUGUAGUGUCUCCAAAGGUGGUAAACGCCACCAAGCCAGCUGACCUCAGCAACGGAGCUGUGAAAAAGGAGGCGCCAACUAAAGAAGUAGCAAGAAUAUGGAUCAACGAUGUAAAAAUGAGGAGCUUUUCUCCUACAAUGAAAGUGCCAGUAACAAAAGAAGAAGAUGAACCUGAAGAGGAGGAUGAGGAAGAAAUGGGCCAUGCAGAGACUUAUGCAGAAUACAUGCCAAUAAAAUUAAAAAUUGGUCUACGCCAUCCAGAUCCAGUGGUAGAAACCAGCUCACUCUCUAGUGUUACCCCUCCUGAAGUUUGGUAUAAAUCUUCAAUCCCUGAAGAGAGUAUUGAUAGUGGCUGGCUGUCAGCAUUGCAACUGGAAGCUAUCACCUAUGCAGCCCAGCAACAUGAAACAUUCCUACCCAAUGGAGAGAGGGCUGGCUUCUUGAUAGGCGACGGUGCAGGUGUGGGGAAAGGAAGGACCAUAGCUGGAAUAAUCUACGAAAACUACCUCUUGGGUAGAAAGAGGGCAGUGUGGUUUAGCGUUUCAAACGACCUGAAAUAUGAUGCGGAAAGAGAUUUGCGAGAUAUUGGAGCAAAAAAUAUUUUGGUUCAUUCACUAAACAAGUUCAAAUACGGGAAAAUCUCUUCCAAGCAUAAUGGAAGCGUGAAGAAAGGUGUCAUUUUUGCAACUUACUCUUCUCUUAUUGGAGAAAGUCAGUCUGGUGGUAAAUACAAAACUAGACUUAAGCAGCUUCUUCAUUGGUGUGGAGGUGACUUCGACGGAGUUAUCGUAUUUGAUGAAUGUCACAAAGCUAAAAAUCUUUGUCCUGUUGGCUCCUCAAAACCAACCAAGACAGGUUUGGCUGUUUUGGAGCUGCAAAAUAAACUUCCAAAGGCCAGAGUGAUUUACGCCAGUGCCACCGGUGCUUCUGAGCCUCGUAAUAUGGCGUAUAUGAACCGUCUUGGGAUAUGGGGUGAAGGAACCCCAUUUCGGGAGUUCAGUGACUUUAUUCAGGCUGUUGAAAGAAGAGGUGUGGGUGCCAUGGAAAUAGUUGCUAUGGAUAUGAAGCUAAGAGGAAUGUACAUAGCAAGGCAGCUGAGCUUUUCAGGUGUGACCUUCAAAAUUGAUGAAGUUCAGCUUUCUCCGCACUAUGUUAAAAUGUAUAACAAAUCUGUGAAACUGUGGGUUAGUGCCAGAGAAAAAUUCCAGCAAUCUGCUGACCUCAUUGAUGCUGAACAGCGAAUGAAGAAAUCUAUGUGGGGGCAGUUUUGGUCAGCCCAUCAGAGAUUUUUCAAAUACCUCUGCAUAGCAUCAAAAGUUAGAAGGGUGGUGCAGCUGGCCCGGGAAGAGAUAAAGAACGGCAAGUGUGUCGUUAUUGGGCUGCAGUCCACAGGGGAAGCAAGAACGUUGGAAGCUUUGGAGGAAGGUGGCGGUGAACUGAAUGACUUUGUAUCCACAGCAAAGGGAGUGUUUCAGUCUCUCAUUGAAAAGCAUUUCCCAGCUCCUGACCGAAAGAAGCUGUUUAGUUUACUCGGGAUAGACUUGUCUGCUCAAAGUAAUAACAACUCGCCCAGGGACAGUCCUUGCCAGGAGGAUAAAGUAAAGAAACGCAAAGGUGAAGAAAUAACCAGAGAAGCCAAGAAAGCCCGUAAAAGUGGUGGACUGGCAGGGAGCAGUUCAGAUGAAAGCUACAGUGAGUCGGAGAUUUCGGACAACGAAGAGAGUGAUAACGAGAGCUCCAAGUUUUUAAGCUCUGGGGACGACGACGACUUCAAUCCAUUUAGGGAUGAAUCUAGCGAGGAUGAUGAAGAUGACCCCUGGUUAAUUAGAAAAGAGCACAAGAAAACCAAGGAGAAGAAGAAAAAGAAAAGCAUAGACCCCGACUCUAUACAGAGUGCCUUACUCGCGUCUGGCUUAGGAUCCAAAAGACCAAGUUCUCUCUCUUCUGCAGUUGUUACUUCAUCCACUACUAAUGCAUCUGCCAACAGUAAUACAAACAGCUACAUCACUAGUCAGGAUGCUGUGGAAAGAGCCCAGCAGAUGAAGAAGGAAUUGCUUGAUAAACUGGAAAAACUCUCAGAAGAUCUUCCUCCUAACACACUGGAUGAGCUGAUAGACGAACUGGGUGGUCCUGAAAAUGUGGCAGAGAUGACAGGUCGCAAAGGGAGAGUUGUGAGUAAUGAUGACGGGAGCAUCUCUUAUGAAUCACGGUCUGAGCUUGACGUUCCUGUGGAAAUCCUGAAUAUUACAGAGAAGCAGAGAUUCAUGAACGGAGAUAAGAAUAUUGCCAUCAUCUCGGAAGCAGCCAGCUCGGGCAUUUCGUUACAAGCCGAUCGCCGAGCCAAAAACCAGAGGCGAAGGGUGCACAUGACCUUGGAGUUGCCGUGGAGCGCCGAUAGGGCAAUACAGCAAUUUGGUCGAACCCACAGGUCAAACCAAGUGACUGCCCCAGAAUACGUCUUCCUAAUUUCUGAGCUAGCAGGAGAACAGAGGUUUGCAUCUAUCGUGGCCAAACGACUGGAAAGCUUGGGAGCUCUCACUCACGGAGACAGGAGGGCGACAGAAACGAGAGACCUGAGCAGGUUCAACUUUGACAACAAGUAUGGCCGGAAUGCACUGGAAAUUGUUAUGAAGUCCAUUGUAAACCUGGAUUCCCCGUUAGUGUCUCCACCUCCUGACUACCCAGGAGAAUUUUUUAAAGAUGUCCGACAGGGAUUAAUAGGUGUGGGCCUAAUCAAUGUGGAAGAUCGGUCUGGGAUUCUGACACUUGAUAAAGAUUACAAUAAUAUAGGGAAAUUCCUAAACCGAAUUCUGGGUAUGGAAGUGCAUCAGCAGAACGCAUUGUUCCAGUACUUCUCAGAUACACUCAACGCAGUAAUACAGAAUGCUAAGAAGAACGGAAGAUACGACAUGGGCAUUUUAGAUCUGGGUUCAGGUGACGAGAAAGUGAGGAAAGCAGAUGCUAAAAAAUUUCUAACACCAGGAUAUUCUACCUCGGGACACGUAGAACUGUAUACUAUAAGUGUGGAGAGGGGAAUGUCUUGGGAAGAAGCAACUAAGAUUUGGGCUGAGCAGACUGGACCGGAGGAUGGGUUCUAUUUAUCAUUACAGAUACGAAAUAAUAAGAAAACAGCCAUCCUUAUGAAGGAGGUGAAUCCCAAAAAGAAACUUUUUCUAAUACACAGACCAAAUACCGGGAAACAGCUCAAAUUGGAAACCUAUGCAGAAAUAAAGAAAAAAUAUAAAAAGGUACCUUCUGAAGAUGCCUUUCCCCACUGGCUAGAGCAGUACACGUCGUCAGCCGACAUUUGCACCCAUGCUUAUUGGAGAGGCAACUGCAAGAAAGCAGGCCUGGGCUUGGUGUGCGAGGUGGGCCUACGCUGUCGGACAUACUACGUCCUUUGUGGUUCAGUCUUGAGCGUCUGGACAAAGGUGGAAGGAGUGCUGGCCUCGGUGAGCGGCACAAACGUCAAAAUGCAGAUUGUUCGGCUAAGGACAGAGGAUGGACAGAGGAUUGUAGGCUUGAUCAUUCCUGCCAAUUGUGUGUCUCCCCUUGUCAAUCUCCUGUCAACGUCGGACCAGUCCCAGCAGCUUGCUGUGCAGCAGCAGCAGAUUUGGCAGCAGCACCACCCACAGAGCAUCACCAACUUCAACAACGCGUGAGGAGGAGGAGGGAAGAGAGUCUUUGGUAUUUUGAAAAACAGCUCUCAAAGGUAUAUCAUUCGCAUUCAAAAUAAAUAUCAGGGACAGAUUCCAAAGAAAUAACUUUCAGUUCCAUCGUUCUCUCCUAGAACUGUACAGAAGGAAAGAGGCACCUUGAAGGGUGAUCAAACUGAAAGCCCGCCACUGCUUUACAGCGGUCCAUGCCUUUUUUUUUUAAAUUCCCUUUGCUCUCUGUAGUGCUUCCUGUUUGGUUUUUUUUUUUUUACUUUUGUUGUCCUCCUCAAGCUACCAAUCCACAGCUUUUGAUUUUCAAGAGGCUUGAAGGUUCUCAGCCAAGCUGUUCAUCGUUUUCCUCGUCAUCCAGCGCUCAGGGUUUAACGCAGCACGUCGGUGGCGUUGCUGCAGGGAGGUCCUCAGAUGCAUGAAUUUUGCGUUUGUGUAUAGAGACAAUGAAUCUACAACGGCAGGAGAAGUGUGUGCGCGCGCAUAGGCCUCAACUUGCAAGAGAAUACCUUUUAUUUUUUAAAAUACAAGAUAAGCAUGGAACUCCAGACGUUUCGCAAACCACGGGUUUGUUCAGGUUUGUUCCCUGUUUCUGUUUCGGCUGUGCAUGUCUUCGCAUCGGGCAUGACCAGGAUCUUGCAGCAAACAUCAACUGGGAGAGAGACACGGUCUCGCUGCGGCUUUGAGGGAUCGCUUUCGACUCAGUGAGCAUCUACCCAGCUGUUGCAUUUUUUUCUGCCUUUCUUCCCCAAGAUUAUAUAUUUGAAUCUGCAGCUCGUGUUUUUCCUGUGUGUGAACAAACAUGUUAAUUUUUAAAAGUUCCUCUUUUUUUAAUGUAUUAAUGGUGUUCCUGAUGUGUGCUGCAAGGAUGGCUUUUAAAAAGCCUGAUUUCUUUGUAUUUUGUGUUUUUUUUCUGAAAACCCCCCCCCUCCCCCCAUUCUUUUUUCCUUUUAUCCAGUGAGGUUUCUGGAAACUCGAGUGUAAAUUCGCUUCCAUUUCACAUGAUAGUCCUAUUUUUAUGUGUUAUUUUUUUGUUACUGAAGACUUGAGCUGUAAAUUAGACAUGGGGGGGGGGGGGGAUGGGGCACGCAAGGAUUCUGAUGUAUGUACUUUUUUUUUCUUCCUGUUGCCCCGUAACUUGAAUACUGUUUAUGUUGUAAGACAUUGUAGAGUUUAUCCUGGAGCUGUUUAAAAAUUGUAAAUGUACAAAAUGUGAAUAGUCACUUAUCUAUAAUAUGGGUAAGUUUUGUUUUGCCUAUAAUAGUAGAUGUUUAUAAGAAAGUGAAGGACAAUGUUUGUCAUUUUUUUGCUUGCACAGGAUGCACUAUUGAAAAUUUGAGAUUGUAUAAACCUGUCCACGAAGCCGCAAGAUAUACCAAAAAAUCUUGUAGGUGUCAAAUUAAAAAAAAAACUAUUGUUCUAA